AUGGUCACUCACGAGCACAUGCGCACGAUGCGGGCCACCGGCAUGGGGUGGAUCACCCACCACUUGGACUUCGUCCACAAGUCGGGCGUCUCGUCCAACAGCAAAGUCACCCGCUGCCACCGUCGGCUCACUGACGCCUUGCACGCUCUCCGGCGGCAGGACCUGCUGAACAUGCCCAGCUUUGCGGCAAUAGAAGUCCUCGUGAGGUACAUGGUGCAGAUCGAGAUGGCCGCGGGCGCGGGCGCGGCGACGGGCGUGAACGCGGCGGUCGGAGGGGCGAGCAUGGCGUUGAACGACCUAGGCGGCUGCGCGGCGCCUCGCAUCAGUCCAUCCGCACUUCAGCGCAUUCAUCAGCAAGUGGACGCCUUCGGCGACCCCCUCGCCCUGGACGGCGAUGAGGCGCCUUGCGCCGUUGUGAAGUCCGAGGACGACUACGGCGGCAGGCCGACGCCAGUUCGACCUCAUGAGCCGCAUCUCCUCAAGGUUUUCGACAGCGGCGUUCGCGCGCUGUCCAUCCGCUCGCUGGUGCCCGACUCCACGCCCCCGCUCAUCAACGAGCCCGCUUUGCACAUCUUUCGCUCGCAGGCGGUGCUCGACCGCAUGAUCCAAGGUGGCGAGCUGCCGCCGCUCAUCUACAUCGGCCUCGUGGGCGUGUGGGCUCGGUGCCGCGGUCGCGCUGGCAUCUUCUUCGCUGGCAAGAAGGACGGCUCGCUGCGCGUGGUCGUCGAUGGCAGGGAACCCUCUGCCACGCGUCGCCGCCCUCCUCGGACCGAGCUCGGAUCGGCGGCGGCCCUCAGCGGCCUCUGCCUCGACUCGGACCGGCCGGGCGGGCGCGCGGCUCGCGCCUGGCGGGCUCGCGGGCUCAUCGCGCGUCGACAACUCCGCGGGCUCGCCCCGUUCAUUGGUCGGCGCGGCGCUGGAGGCUACCCGGCGGGAGUUCGAGAGGCGCGGCCUCUCCUGCCGCGCGUCUGCUGCGCCGCACAGGACUUCGUUUGCUGCGGAGUGCAGUUCGACUUCGUUGCGGGCCGCGCGGCCCCACAGCAGGGGCGCGGCUGGCGGCUGCGCCGGGCCACGACGGCAUUGCUGGAUCGGCGCGGGCGCACUCCCGGCGCCAUGGGGGUGCUGCUCGGCCACGUGGCGCGCCGCUUUAUGCCCCUUACGCCCGCCCUCUCGGUCCUGAGCUCGCUGGUCUGCUCGGCCGGCGACUGCUGCUGGUUCGACGCCGAGCAGCUGCGGGAGCUCAACCUGGUGAAGGCUUUGAUCCCGCUCGCCGGCGUCGACCUAAGGGCGCCCUGGCACCCCUGGGCCUACUAUUCCGACGCCAGCACGAGGGGCAACGCCCUCGCCGCGUUCCGCUUCGACACCGAGCUGAGAGACAUCGGGGCGCGCCGCGAGCGCUGGCGCUUCCGGGUCGCGGAUCGGUGCGCUGACGACCCAGGCGACCCCCCAGGCUCCGAGGUCGCCACGCUGGCGGCCUACCACGUGAGCAGGGACGCCGACGACGUUUUCGCGGGCAAGGGGCGGCCGCGCGUCGUGCACGGGGCCUUCCUCUUCCCAGCCCCGAUCCGCGUGCUCGAGGGCCAGACGACGCUGCUGGGGCUAAGGCGCGCCACCAGGUCGGCGGCGGCUCACGGAUGCCGCGCCCUCUCCAUUGGCGACAACUUCUCGUCGAUGAUGUCGUUCGAGACGGGCAGGUGCGCCAACCCUGUGCUGCGACAGUUGGCGCACCCGUCCGCCACCCGCCAGAUCGCGACGGGCGCCCAGUUCUACCGCCGCGAAUCCGAGAACAAACGGGCCCCCGCGGAUUACGACUCCAGAGCAGCCGACCGCUUCGAGCUGGCGCCCGGCCAGACGCAGCGAGGAUCGGCUCGCGACCUGCGCUCGGAGCCUGCCAGCCUGGCCGGCCACCUCGCGGCAGGGCCGGUCGCCGCUGGCCCCGCGGGCGCGGCGGCGCUGCCGGCGCCGCCGCCGCCGGCCCCCCCGGGCCUGGCGGGCCUGGCAGCGCCGGCCGGGGCCGGCCCGCAUCGCCCGGGGGCCCAGCCGCCCCGCCGGCGCCAAUCCCGGCACGCGCUCGAGCUUUAUGCGCACUGCGCCCGCCUCGCGGCCGCCUGUCUGCACGAGGGGCUUCUGCGCUGGGUCCCUGUGGACAUCUCCAGGGGGGCGUGGCGCGACCUCACGGGCAAAGAUGUGAUUCGUGUGAUCCGCUCCCUCGUUGUUCGGCGGGAGGUGCGGCGCGUCCACCUCGGCGCGCCGCGCGCGCCCUUCAGCCAGGUCACGGCUUUCUUGGAACGCAAUCGUCAUUAUUUCGUCAACAUGCAUUACUGUCACUACAACUGCUGCCACCUGAAGCCCACUACUCUGGUCACCGACCUCAAGCCCCUCGAGGCCCUGAGUGCUCGCUGCUCCCGAGAUCAUGUCCACGGGGUCCUCACGGGGAAAGGCCGACUGGACCCUGGGAAUGCUUCCGUCUGGAAGACCAGCCUCGCAGGGGGGGCUCGCCUGGCAGCCGCUGUAGGGUGCGACGCCCCGGCGCGGACGCCCGACCCAGUCGGUCCGCCCGCUGGCCAUCGGGAGUGGCAGCCGGGUCAGCUCGACUGGGGCAGCAGCGUCGCACAGUCGCAGGCCGCGGCGCGCUGCCGCCGCCUCCGCCUCGGCAGGGCGGCCCGCGGCUCCGCCGCUGAGCAGCUCGCGGCCCAGGCGGCCCCGCGGUGCCAUAGGUCAGGCGCUUCCGAGAAGCUGACCACGGCGGCGCAGAGGGGCCAGCUCAUGGUGGACUACCUGCAGAGCAUCAUCCUGGCCGGGGGCGGGAUCUUCGCCGCUCGGACCGCGCGGCACGGCUUCGCGCUCGAGGAGAAGAUCAACCUCUGGGACUCCGGCGAGUUCCCUCAGGCCUGGCUGACGCCCAUGGGGUUCUCGAAGGCGGCCUUCGGCGAGCAGCGGGGCCCCUGCCCGUGGGCGGCGGCGCUGCUGACGACCUUCGCCAGCGGCUCGCGGGGGCCGGCGUGGCGGCGGCCUCCGACGGGCACCUCCGGCUCAGAGCUGCUUAGCAUCAAGGCCUGCGACGUCAACUGCCUCCGGCACUCGGUCUCGACCACCCCAAUGCCAGCUCCGCCGCCAGACUGCUCGCCGCCCGCCACGAUAAAGCGAUGGGCGGCGAGGAUGCUUCGCGACCUCGAGAGGGCCACCCCGGCGAUCAGGCCGCUCUUCCCUUUCGCGGCCCGUGAGUUCGAGCUUGCCUUCGGGCGAGCGGCUGACUCAGCCGGCCUCCAGCGCUUGCGUCUCCGCCCCCGCUCUCUUCGGCACGGCGGGGCGUCCGUCGACUUCGCGCUCAACUGCCGCUCGCUCGCCGAGGUCCAGCGGCGCGGCCGCUGGACGUGCGCGGCGAGCGUGCGCCGCUGCGAGAUGGCCGGCCGUCUGACACGCCAGCCACAGCACCCGGUGCAGCUGCCGCGGUACGGCUUCGCCUCGCCCACCCUGGUCCCUCAGCGACCUGUGCAGCCGGUGCCGCCCCCUGGUGGCGGCGACGCCACGCGCAAGGCGCUGCUGGGCGACUCGCCGGCGCGCCCGGGCGGGGCCGUGACGUCGUGGGCGCUGGAGGAGCGCCUCAAGGCGGAGCAGGCGCGCGCGCAGCAGGUCGCGUGGGCCGAGAGCAUGCGGGCCCAGUACCUCGGCAUCCCCGCGGCGGCGGCGCCGGACCGCACGGCCACGCCCGUGCAGACUCCGGAGAAGGCGACGCCCCAGAAGAGCUCGCCGAAGAAGCAGGAGGCGUCGACCGCGUUCGACCGCCUGCUACUUCUCAGCAAGCUCGGAGCUGCUUGGGACCAGCAUCAGGCCGGGAAGCAGGCCGCGGGGGCCGGCGGGGGUGCCUGCCGAGCGCCGCCGCCGCCGGGGCGGUCGGCGUCCACGGAGGAGGGCACGUGGUGGUCCGCGAGGGAGGACGCGUUCAGCACGCCGACCAAGAAGGAGCCACGGCAGAGCGCACGCGCGGGCAGGGCCAGGGGCCGGCAUUCCAGGAGCGGCCGCGUGUGA